AUCAAGGAGAUCAUGUUCCUGAAGAACACGGUCAUGGAAUGCGAUGCCUGCGGGAUGCGGCCCGAGGUGACGGGCCCGCUGGUCACCGUCACCCAGUUCAGCCGCUGCCUGCCCAACCCCUGCUUCCCGGGCGUGCCCUGCACCGAGAGCGGCACCGGCUUCCGCUGCGGGCCCUGCCCCGCCGGCUACACCGGCAACGGCACGCACUGCACCGACAUCAACGAGAGCUGGGAAUGCUCCCUGUGCUCUGGGAUCUGCCUCGAGCUGUUAAUGGGAAACCUUCCCCGUCCCGGGCCGUGCCCAAAGCCCGGGGUUUGGGGUGGAGUCAAAGGUGAGUUCUGCUCUCCCGGGCAGGUUUGCACCGACAUCAACGAGUGUGAGACGGGAGCUGCCCUGAACUGUGUCCCAAACUCCAUCUGCAUCAACACCCGGGGAUCCUACAAAUGCGGCGCCUGCCAGCCGGGCUUCGUGGGCGACCAGAUCCGCGGCUGCCGGAGCGCGGGGCCCGCGGGGACGCGGCGCUGCCCCAACGGCGAGAUCAGCCCGUGCCACGAGAAAGCCGAGUGCAUCGUGGAGAGGGACGGCUCGCUGUCCUGCCAGACCAACCAGGACAGUGAUGGGGACGGGCACCAGGACUCGCGGGACAACUGCCCCACAGUGCCCAACAGCUCCCAGGUGGACACGGACAAUGAUGGGCUGGGUGAUGAGUGUGAUGAGGAUGAUGAUGAUGAUGGAAUCCCAGACCUGAGACCCCCCGGGCCCGACAACUGCAGGCUCGUCCCCAACCCCGGCCAGGAGGACUCGGAUGGGGACGGCGUGGGGAACGUGUGUGAGAACGACUUUGACCGGGACGCGGUGAUCGACCGCAUCGACGUCUGCCCCGAGAACGCCGAGGUGACGCUCACCGACUUCAGAGCCUUCCAGACCGUGGUGCUGGACCCCGAGGGCGACGCUCAGAUCGACCCCAACUGGAUCGUCCUCAACCAGGGCAUGGAGAUUGUCCAGACCAUGAACAGCGACCCAGGCCUGGCUGUAGGGUACACAGCGUUCAACGGGGUGGACUUUGAGGGCACCUUCCACGUCAACACGGCCACAGACGACGACUACGCCGGCUUCAUCUUCAGCUACCAGGACAGCGCCAGCUUCUACGUGGUGAUGUGGAAGCAGAUGGAGCAGACCUACUGGCAGGCCAACCCCUUCCGGGCCGUGGCCGAGCCCGGCAUUCAGCUGAAGGCAGUGAAAUCCAAGACAGGCCCAGGGGAGUAUCUCCGGAAUUCCCUGUGGCACACGGGAGACACCACGGACCAGGUGAAGCUGCUCUGGAAGGACCCUCGGAAUUCGGGCUGGAAGGACAAGACCUCGUACCGCUGGUUCCUGCAGCACCGGCCCCAGGUCGGCUACAUCAGGUGAGGCCCUGCCCUUCCCCAAUUCCAGGGAGGAAAUUCCCAGCAGGAAAAGCAGCCAGGGAAUGAAUCCCAGACUGGGCUGGGUUGGAAGGGAACUCAGCCAGUGCAGGGCAGGGACAC